UAUUAUUCGUCAUGGAAACGCUUGAAACGGGGUGUUGCUUGGAUACGACGUGUCAUUUCGAAACUGUUGAACAGGGACAGUUCAGCUUCAAUGCUCGAGUUGAACUUAAGCGAAUUGAAUUCAGCUGAACGAGUCAUUGUACAGCAGGUGCAGACCGCGUCGUACGCGGAAGAGAUGAAAAGGCUUCAAUCGGGUCAGGAAGUACGGUUGUCCAGCAGCAUCGUCUCCUUGGAUCCCAAAUACGAUGCCGGUCUGCUGAGGGUGGGAGGCCGUUUACAGCACGCCACCGAUCUGGAGUAUGACGGCAGACAUCCCUUGAUCCUGCCGAGCGAGGUAAGAGUGACGGAGCUUCUCAUACAGGACAUUCAUGAGAAGGUUAGACACGAGGGAAGACAGCACGUACUCGCCGAUUUGCGGAGGAGAUUCUGGGUCAUCAGGGCCAACGCGGCAGUCAGGAGAUGUCUCCUACAAUGCAUCAGCUGCCGGAGACGUAUGCGGCCUGUGGAGAUACAAAAGAUGGCCGACCUCCCUUCAGACAGAGAUCGACAAGCAGAGCAUCCAUGGCAGAGCACCGGAGUGGACCUCUUUGGACCAUUUUACACCAGGAGAGGACGCGCACAAGCGAAGCGUUAUGGAGUCAUUUUCACCUGUCUAGCCAUGCGCGCGGUACACAUCGAGGUAGCUGAAAGCCUGUCGACUGAUUCAUUUAUCUGUGCCUUGCGGCGCUUUAUUGCACGGCGCGGGUCACAUGUUCGCAUCAUGCGAUCCGACAACGGGACGAACUUUGUCGGGGCGGAUCGCGAACUGAAGAGAGAAGUGGAUAUGCUGAUGGAAUCAGACUCCAAAAUUUUCAGAGAAGCAAUCAAUCGCGGCAUAGAAUGGCAUUGGAAUCCUCCUGGGAGCUCCCAUUUCGGUGGAGCGUGGGAGCGGCUGAUUAGGAGUGUUCGGAAAAUUCUGGGCGCUCUACUGCGAGAGCAAACGUUCAACGACGAGACACUUUACACAUUCCUAUGUGAAGCUGAGAGUAUCAUGAAUAACCGGCCUCUGAUCCCGGUCACCAGCGACCCUCGCGACCAGUUACCUCUGACGCCAAACCACAUGCUACAGUUGAGAGCUGUUGUCAUGCCCUGGUCGCAUCCGAUCAAGAUAGUUUCAGCAGAAGGAGCUGGAAACGGGCUUCGUAUCUCGCUGAGCAAUUCUGGAGACGCUGGCGGGACGAAUAUCUUCCCCUGCUUCAGCAACGGGCCGGGAGGUGCACGCGGAGCCACGACAACUUACGGCAAGGAGACGUUGUGCUCAUUGUUGACAACUUGGUCCCAAGAGGUGUGUGGCCGCUGGGUGUGAUCGAGGUCACGAAGGAAAGUUCCGAUGGAAGAGUCAGGUCGGUAAAAGUACGAUCACAGGGAAGUACUUUCUGGCGGCCCAUCCACAAGCUGGUGAAAAUAACAGAAGGAUCGGCGACACAAUGAUUUGAUGACCGAGGACAUCAAAUGGGCCGGGUGUUAGUGCCGAAUCCGCAAAUAAAUUUAUUCGUCAAGAUGCAAGUUAUUAGGCAUGUUUUGCACAUACCUUCCAUCGUUUUGUUUGCUUACCAGUUCUGUCUCGCGAUUUAUAGUCAAAAGAAAAUAUUAAGUAGGCUGAGAUAUGUUAGUUUAAGUUAGAUUUGUGUUGUUUAAGUUAUCUUUGUCUUCUGUUCUGUUGAUUCGAAAGAACGAAAUACGAAGCGAACGAACGAAAUACGAACGAAAAUACGAAGCAAAAUUGAAGAAACGAAACGAAAAGGGAACGAUAAAUGCAAGUUGUCGCCCAAGAGCCUGAGCUGAAACAAUCCAAAACCAGUUGAAAUACAUGGACUAAUUUGACAACUGCGUAAUGGAGGGCGGCGGCGACAACACCCACUCUCAACAAAAAGAGAAGAAAAAAAUGAACCCAUCCGGCUUUCACAAAUUACCCGCGUAAGGCGUAGCGCAUCAUAACAAAUCGCCUCCCAGUUUAUCAUGUUUACACCUGGUCCAAAAUUUCACGGCCCCACUCUCAGCGACCUUCACGUGUGACCUCUGUCUCGAGACAAUGCCAGGGCAGAUUGGUGAUUUGACGCAGUGGCACACUUUCCAACUGUUCCGUGAAUCCGUCCUUUCCAUCAUCAGGAUAGUUGAAUCCUUCUUCAAACCUAUGCAGAACCUUCGUCCUGUCGCGUACGACUCACGAUGCAAAAAUCGUAUGCGAUAUCUUUGGAUAGCAUUAAAAUUUAUUAAAAAGCUAGGACCUUCCUAAUCCCAUCUACCAGCUUC